AUGUUGGACCACUUCACAAUCUUCACAAAGAACGGCCUGGUGCUGUGGUCCAAGACCUACAGCCCGGCCUUGACCAGCGCCGAUGCAUCCGCCAACCCUGUCAACGGUCUCAUCAAGCAGGCUUUCCUCGAACAGCGCACGGCAGAUCAGAAGUUCGACAAGGAUGGAUACACGCUACGAUGGACCUUUGCGAACGAACUCGACCUCACCUUCGUCGUCGUAUACCAGCGGAUCUUGCAGCUUUCUUACAUCGACGACUUGCUCGACACCAUUCGCUCCCUGUUCACCGACCUCUUUGCCACCUUCGUGCGAAAACUUGCUCUUUCAUCCAAGAGCGCCAUCUCUUCCGGUACUUCGAAAGCCGCAACGCUGUCCGAAAGCGCUCGACUUGAAUUUGCGGCUGCGCUCCAGGAGUGGGACGACAUCUUCACCAAAACGCUUAGGAAUCUCGAGAAGGCAGCUGCACAGUCCAAGCGCAAGGGCGUGCUUGGCGAAAAGAAGGGGAUCACCAAUCAGGCCCAGCUUUCAAACGGUUCCGACAAGGAGAGUGGCCAGAACACACCCAACACAAAGGAUGUCAAAGACUCUGCCGACAUCGCAAAGAGUGUUGAAGCUCUCAAGAGUCGGCUCAAACUCGAGGCCAGUCCUGGCGGCAGACGUGUGUUGCGCGGCAAGAAGAGUACACCAGGUAUCUCAGCCUCCAACGGCGGCAGCGCCCCUGGCACGCCGGGCCACGCCAGUGGCACCGAGUCUCCAGGCGGCAAGAAGUCAAAAGCAACUAAAGAGAUGCGGAAGUGGGACGGUAGCCGCAGCGUCAGCGCACAGCAGGUGGCCGCGCUCGACUUCAGUGGAGCGACUGAGGCGACCCCCGAAGAUGGCGCUGACCUUGACAGCUGGAUCGAUGAGAAGAGUAUGGGUACCAAACGCUCCGACGGUGUAUACGAGAUCGCCGACGUGUUGGAGGAGGACCAAGACGACGACGAGGACGAAGAUGACGAGGAUGACAGCGAGGAUGCCGGGUUGAGCAGUACCGCCAAAUCUGCCGGUUUUCUCUCGCGAAUUGGAUCCGCAUCCUCAUCCGGAGCCUCUUUCUUUUCGAGGAUCACCGGUGCCAAGACGCUCACCAAGGAAGACCUUGCGCCCGCGCUCUCCGCCAUGGCGUCGCAUCUCCAGAGCAAGAACGUUGCUGCCGACGUCGCUCAACGACUCUGCGACAGUGUCGAGCGCAACUUGGUCGGCAAGAAUCUCGGCAGCUUUGGCUCGGUCAAGGUCGAAGUCAAGAAGGCGCUCGAGGAAGCGAUCACUCGCAUCCUGACCCCCAAGUCGAGCACAGACAUCCUGCUCGAAAUUGCGACCAAGCGACAACGCUCAGCCGCUGCAUCAUCGCUGGCCUUGGCGACCAGCGCCAAGGAUAAGGAGCUCGCCAGCAAGCCAGAUCCAUACUCGAUCUGCUUUGUCGGUGUCAACGGCGUAGGCAAGUCGACCAAUCUUGCCAAGGUCUGCUUCUGGCUCUUGCAGAAUCGACUUCGUGUGCUCAUCGCUGCGUGCGACACAUUCCGAGCCGGUGCUGUCGAGCAGCUCCGCGUACACGUACGCAACCUCGGUCAGCUUCGUGUCGACGGCGUCGCCCUCGAGGAGCAGAAGGGUCGCAUCGAGCUGUACGAACGUGGCUACGGAAAGGACGCAGCCGGUAUCGCCAAGGAUGCGCUCUCGUACGCCAAAGCGGAGGGCUUUGACGUCGUCCUCAUUGACACGGCUGGACGAAUGCAGGACAACGAGCCGCUCAUGAGGGCGCUCGCCAAGCUCGUCUCAGUCAAUCGACCCGACAAGAUCAUCUUUGUGGGCGAAGCAUUGGUGGGCAACGAGGCUGUCGACCAAAUCACCAAAUUUGACGGCGCCAUGAAGGAUUUCAGUGGUGUCAGCAACCCACGCGGGCUGGACGGCAGCUUGCUCACAAAGUGGGACACGGUCGACGACAAGGAGCUGAGGAACCGACAACACAACCUACGUACCAGUAAUAAAGGCUUCGGUCUUCAAAAGACUUCCAUGCGAUCCUCUUCCCGAAACAACACUCGCCUAGCAUCGUUCCGAGAUCAACAUGCACUCCCUGAAGACCUUCGCCUCCCUUUUUACCGUAAAGCUCUGUCUGAUCGCACAGGGUGUGUCGGCGACAACAAUUGGCCGAAAACGCCAAUGAGCAUGCAAGACUUUGGCAGAACGAAUGUGAACAUCAUGUGGCAGAAUCGUCCCGCUAAUGCCACGGCUGCUACGUGCAUUCAAAGCCCUUGGUUCGUCAAGAACUGGGACAAGGUCAGCCCCUCGAUCAGAGUGUCGUACUUCAAGAAGGGCUUCUAUCCCUUCACCUCCAACAAGGUUCGCAAUCGUCAGCCCUCGCUGCUUGAGCCCACAACGAGCUCCUGGAUCGAUGCUAGUUCGUCAGGAGGUCUUGCGGAUCCGUCUCACAUUCCCUUGACGCAGGAGCAGCCGACCACGUCCGGGGAAGCCAAUUAUCUGUUCAGCCUGCGACACGACGGACAGCCAUCUCUGGUGCAGGAUCUAGAUGUGCGCAUCGGCCUAACACAAGACUCUCGAGGCUAUAUGCAUUUUCGGAGACUGUUGACUGUGGCCUACUAUCAUCCAUCAAGAUGGUUUGACAGCAUCUACUCAAAACUCCUGCUAGACAGGAAAAGGAGACGGCCCUGGACCCAUGGUGCGAAGGUGACAUUGCCGCUCAAUGAAAUGCAAGUCAUCGUGAGAAACACUCAGGAUAUGUUCCGAAGCACGAGCCUCAUUUAUAAACUAUCGUUCGAGGCCGAAGACGGUCACGAAGCGGGAGACGUCCUUGUCAGAUACUUCUCCGCUCCUGUCUUCGUUGAAAGAAACACCGGCAUUCGAAUGCUACUGAGUAAAGUCCCAGUCCGUUCCCAUGACUGA